AUGGAAAGCACUUGCCGAAAUGACCUGCAAACGGCCACCACAGCAGCGGCACUCUCGGCACUAAGUGCGGAGAUCGUCUCCUGUCGGCAGUGCUCCAGGCUGGUAGAGCACCGCGAGCGGAUCGGGGAGACCAAGCGCGCUUCCUACAGGGACUGGGACUACUGGGCCAAGCCUGUCCCCAGCUUCGGCGAUCCGUCAGCUAAGCUCUUGGUGCUGGGGCUGGCACCCGCGGCCCACGGCGGCAACCGGACAGGAAGGGUGUUUACCGGCGACGCAUCGGCUACCUUCUUAAUUAAGGCGAUGUACGAAGCCGGAUUGGCCAACCAGGCGGUAUCCGACCACCGGGACGACGGGCUGCUAUACACGGGCGCUUACGUCUGCGCGGCGGUUCGUUGCGUACCGCCCGGAGACCGUCCCACGCCGGAGGAGCAGAGGACCUGCCUGCCAUACCUGGUUCGUGAGAUCAGCCUGUUGCCCAAUCUGAGAGUGAUUCUCGCCUUGGGGCAGAUCGCCUUCCAAGCGGCUCUGAGAGCGUUGGCCGCCAUGGGCGUGGAGCGCCCCCGGGCAAAGUUCGGACACGGUUCGGUAUAUCGCCCCGGGGCAGGGCUGCCUCUGCUGAUGGGCUGCUACCAUCCCAGUCCGCGCAACACGAACACCGGCCGACUAAAAAUGGAGCAAUUGGUCGAGGCAUUGAAAAAAGCCAAAACAAUAGGGGAGGAGGAAGAGAGGGAAUUGAUUGGUAGGGCGUAG